CUCCGUUUACGUGUCGGACGCUAUCGCUUUUACACGCGCCAUAGAAGCCAAGCGUAUUUAAAACGGAACGGGCCCCUUUGCUUUGCUUCGUUUCGUUUUUGUUUCGUUGGUUGCUUUUUGUUUUUAUCUUAAAAAUAAACACCACAUUAUUAGAAUGGAAACUAUUUUAGAGCAGCAACGUCGUUAUCACGAAGAGAAGGAGAGGCUAAUGGAUGCUAAAACAAAAGAAAUGUUACACAAGAAGUCUACGCUUCGGGAACAGAUUAACUCAGAUCACAGGACAAGGGCAAUACUGGAUAGGUAUAUGGAAGUGAGCAAAAAUCUCAGAGACUCGUAUGAGGAUAAAGAUGGUAUGAGAAAGGAUGAGCUUGCUGCCAUUUCAGGACCAAAUGAGUUUGCAGAGUUUUACAAUAGACUCAAGCAGAUUAAGGAGUUCCAUCGCAAACAUCCAAAUGAGAUUUCUGUUCCAAUGUCGGCAGAAUUUGAAGAGCUGAUGAAGGCCAGGGACAAUUCAAGUGAAGAUGCUCAAAACCUGGUGGAGUUCACAGAUGAAGAAGGCUACGGCCGCUACCUUGAUCUCCAUGACUGCUACCUGAAGUACAUCAAUUUGAAGGGAGCAGAGAAACCGGAAUACAUCACAUAUCUGUCAUCAUUUGACCAGCUCUUUGACAUCUCCAAAGACAGGAAGAAUGCUGAAUACAAGAAGUAUUUGGAGAUGCUGUUGGAAUACCUGCAAGACUACACGGAUAGGGUCAAACCACUGUUGGACCAGAAUGAGUUAUACAACAAAGUCCUAAUAGAUUUUGAGAAGAAAUGGGACAGUGGGGCUUUUCCUGGUUGGCCUAAAGAGACAAGUAGUGCGUUAACACAUGCUGGAGCUCAUCUGGACCUUUCUGCAUUUUCUUCGUGGGAGGAGUUGGCCUCCUUAGGUCUAGACAGAUUAAAAUCUGCUCUUAUGGCACUGGGAUUGAAGUGUGGUGGAACUCUAGAGGAGAGAGCACAGAGACUGUUCAGCACCAAAGGCAAGUCCCUGGAGUCACUGGACCCUUCAGUGUUUGCCAAGAACCCCAAAGUCAAAGGACCAAAAAAAGACACAGAGCGCAACAAAGAGAUUGCAUUCUUCGAGGCUCAAGUAUACGAGUACGUGGAGAUCCUUGGGGAACAGAGGCAGUUGACGCAUGAGAAUGUGCAAAGGAAGCAGGCCAGGACUGGUGAGGAGCGUGAGGAAGAGGAUGAAGAGCAACUCAGCGAAAGUGAAAGUGAAGAUGAAGACAAUGAAAUAAUCUACAACCCCAAGAACCUCCCGUUGGGUUGGGAUGGUAAGCCAAUCCCAUACUGGCUGUAUAAAUUACAUGGGCUGAAUAUAAACUACAAUUGUGAAAUUUGUGGAAACUACACGUACAGAGGACCCAAGGCCUUCCAGAGACACUUUGCUGAAUGGCGACACGCCCACGGUAUGCGUUGUCUUGGAAUUCCCAACACAGCGCACUUUGCUAAUGUCACUCAGAUCGAAGAUGCUGUUUCUUUGUGGGCAAAGCUAAAAUCCCAGAAGGCUUUAGAGAGGUGGCAGCCAGACACAGAGGAAGAGUACGAGGACUCCAGUGGAAAUGUGGUCAACAAAAAAACCUAUGAGGAUCUAAAGAGACAAGGUCUGCUGUAGAGAUUCGCAGAGGGAUGCGAUUGCUUUUUAAAGAUCCUCUGUCCUACUAGUAGCUAUUCAUUUUUCAGCAAACUUCUUUCGCUGUUCUACCCAUUAACUUUUGCUGUUAAUCAUAGUAGUUGUUGAUACUUGCUUUCUGUAAAUUGUGAAUUCACAAGAACAGUUUGAGACAAUUUAAAAAGAGAAAGUUUGGUUUGUCUAAGCCUCAACUGUUAUUAUUUUGCAAAGUUAAAGUGUCAUUACGGAUCACGUCUUCUUUCAGGACCAAAGGUACUGUAUAAAGUCAUUUUUGACAUUGGCUAAAACACUGCCUACAGUUGUUAAAAUUCUGAAACAUUCACAGAGUUUGGUUUGUUUGAGAGUUGUGUAAUCAAUUUUAAUCUGUUCGAUUUUUCUGGCAAAAGGCCAUGUACUUGCAAGUGUAAUUCCACUGUCCUACUCUUGGAUAGUUACUGCAUUUAUUGCUCAAAUAAAGUAAUGUAGUAGAAUUUA